AAAUGGGCAGAAAUAUGCAGAGAGGUUUGCUUCGUAGAGGCAAAAACAGAAAAGAAUUGGAAAAGUCACGAAAAGCGGCAUCAACCAAAAAGGCCCAACGAUUGGAAAAUAUCGGAAUUAUGGCUUCAAAGGAUGUGGAUGAAUCUGCUAGGGUUUAUGAAGAACAAUUCGAGAAGGGAUUAAAUAAACCAAUCAAAGGAAGAGAGGAUCGUUAUGUGUCGAAUAAGAAUAAGGCUAUUAUGGAUUUUAUUGCACAAUCAAAGAAUGCUCCUCCAGCAUCUACUACUACUACGAAUAAUGCUUCAACAACAAAAAAGAGAAGAUUGAAUAUUGAUAAUGGAAAUGGACCGAUUGUGGAAAAAUCAGCCAAACAAAGAAAAGUUGAAAAGAAUACAUCUGCUGUUUUUGCAUCAAAUGUGGAAGUGGUGACAUCGACUGAUGGCAGUACUGUCACUAAUAGAUCUACCACUGCUACUGCUAAUAGUGUAAAUAAUGGAUCAUCUGAUGAUGGAACUGUAAGAAGACAAAAUGCAGGAAAAUCAAUGAAUGUGUUCACAAAUACUCGAGGUGCUCUAGUUACUGCCAUUAAGACUGGUAAUUUGGAUCUUGUUCCAGAAUCACUUAAAGGACUUUCAACUUUACCAAAUGAAACAACCAAGGCCAAACUUAAAAAGAAGGUCUAUUUCAAGAUGAAGAAGGAAAAGGAAGCUUUGAAGAAAUUAAAGAAGAAAUUAGCUCAAGAAACAGCUCUUGAUAAAUCAAAGGUCAAGAAACACAAGAUGAAGAAUGCUAAAUUUGAAGAUCUUGACGAAUUUUUGGAUGAAAAGGAAUACGGAAAGAAUGAAAGAAAACGUAACGAAACUCUUCUGUCUCUUGGAAAGGACGAAGUUGCAGAUGAAGUUGGCUAUGAUUCUGAAGAUUUGAUGGAAGAAAAGAGAGAUGAAGUUGCAUUUGGUGAAGUUGCUCAAGAACCACCUCGUCUCAGUAAAUUGAGAGGAAACUUGGAAAAGAAGAUUAAGGAAAAGAAGGAAGAGGAUAUUGCCUUGGAAAAGCAAAGAGAAGCUGAAAGACAACGUGUUGUUGAAAAUUAUAAUAGAAACAAAUUAAUAAGACAGCAACAAAAGGAAUCUGGUGUUGCUCCAACUGAACAAAAGCAAAUGCUUGAAAAAUUAAAAAUGUUGGCCACUCUCAGAGGGAUGGAAAAUGAGUAA